CGGGAGGUGAAGCUGAAGCAAUAGCCUUGACCAUUCGCUCUUCUCCCGGUAUGUAAAGCGUACUAGUCCUUCAGCAAGCCUCUUUCAGCUGAAUCCUAUUCAAUCCCGUCUUUCACAUGCCGUACUGGGGACGGUGAUCAUCUCGAUCUGUCUCCCCCCCUUUUUACUUUGAGUUGCCUCUAUCAAGCACACGGCAUAUCAUUUCAUGACACCAUGGCGCCAUCGGAAGGCGCCAUUCUUGUCAUUACAUGUCGCAUUAGACAUCUAUGCCUACUACGAAGUAGUCCGUGGGGUCCAAUGCCGGGUUCCCAGCCGUAUUAUCUCAAGUGAAAAAAGAAGAUGUGUGAUAUCAAGAAAUGUCAAGCCACGCAGCAGGCUUAGGGUGACGCCGCUACUACUAGCCUCUCCCCUUGUUGACUGGAGGUUAGUGAUGCAAGUACAUUUCCCGGGUUUUCUCCACAGGGGUUCAAGAAUAUCUGCCCCGGCAAGAGAUUGGACCCCCGGACGAAAGCUGAGGCUUGCUUGGUCUAGACUCUAUUAUACAGAGACUGGCGUGCGUCUAGAUGGAGAGGAUUGUUGAGCUGGCACGUGAGCUAGUGUCGACUGAGUUUGAUUCGGUGAUGUUGAAUGAAGUUAAAGUGAA